AUGGGAAGCAGACCAAGAAAGGAGCUGAUGCUCUCCCUCGCCAAGCUUUAUAACCUUGGCACCUACUCGGACUUUACCAUCACCUGCGGCUCGGCCGAGUAUCGCGUUCACAAGGCGAUUGUCUGUCCAAGAUCGAGAUUCUUCGCAGCCGCCUGCAACGACGCGUUUCAAGAGGGCCACAAUGGAGUAGUCAACCUCCCUGAAGACGACCCUCGCAUCGUGCGCUUGAUGGUGUACUUCUUCUACCAUCUUACCUAUCCUGCCGUCUCCCUCGACGAUGCGGACACGGCGGCGGCCCGCCAGCACGCGUUCCUCGAAAAGGUUCACCAUCUCAGAGUCCACGCCAUGGUCUACGCCUUGGCCGAGAAAUACUCGGUCGAUGGUCUGAAAGAUCUGGCAAUGAGAAAGUUUGAGCAGGAAGUCGGCAAACACUGGGACUCGGACGAUUUCAUCCAGGCGGCAGAAUACGCCUACACGUCGACGGUGGAAGGCGACCGAGGACUGCGCAACUUGGUUGUCAAGACGUUUGAAGAACAUCACUCCCUUCUGCGCAAGGAGGACGCAAAGGCAAUGGUCAAGCGCGUCGAGAGUCUGGCCUACGACUUGCUCAUGGCCUUUCACAUGAUCAUGAGAGUCAUUACGUAUGACCCGCCCGCCAAUACACCAAAGAUGGAUGAGUAUUGA